CUUAUUUUGAAGUAGUGUUUCUGGUUGGUACCGCUCACCUCGCGCUUAGAGAAGAUGAACGCGCCUCCAGCCUUCGAGUCAUUUCUGCUGUUUGAAGGAGAGAAGAAGAUCAGCAUCAGCAAGGACACAAAGGUCCCCAAUGCUUGUCUGUUCACUCUGAACAAGGAGGACCACACGCUGGGCAACAUAAUCCGAGCUCAGCUGUUGAAGGAUCCUCAGGUUCUCUUUGCUGGUUAUAAAGUUCCUCAUCCUCUGGAGCACAAGAUCGUCAUCAGAGUACAGACCACACCUGACUACAGUCCACAGGAAGCGUUUACGAACGCCAUCACAGAUCUGAUCAGUGAGCUGUCUCUGCUGGAGGAACGCUUCAGAGUCGCCAUCAAAGACAAACAGGAAGGGAUUGAGUGAUGCCCCACCCCUCCUGAUGAUGUCCCAAUGUUCCUGUGUCUGUUUGUUUAUUUUUAUAAAUAAAGUCUGUAAUGUCAAAAC